AUGCAUCGUUUUACUCCUUCACCGAACAGUCUUUCUUCAAAUUAUGGUUUACAAAUGCUCGAUGACUCAACAAUUUAUCGGCCAUUACCAACACGGAAUCCAUUAACAAAACAAGUGGAUCAACUAGCAUAUGAAAUACCACAUAAUAAAUAUGCAAAAAAUCCAUGGAGUUACGCACCAGAAUUUUUAAAAGUAUUUGGAGAUGUUCGCGCAGAGAUUGGGCAGCAGGCAUGUUUCGACUGUAUAUUGCUUGGAUCACCAAGGCCUAAGGUUUGUUGGUUGUUCAACUAUGAAAAAUUGAAAUUUGAUGAUGUACAAAUCUGCGAUACUGCUGAUUUAUGCAGGUUAACGAUACCUUACAUCCAGCCUUAUCAUUACGGUACUUACUUGGUCGUAUGCGAGAAUGAAGUAGGUCGAGCUGUUGCCAGUGCCAGCUUAACUCCGAUUUAUGAUUGA